AUGGCUCACGUUCAUCAACAAUUCCACAAAUUGUUCGCCAGACAUAACGAGCGACGCGAUGUCACCACAAUCAAUGGUCAGGUUGUCUCAGUCGUCUAUGUGACCGAAUCACCCACCUUUAACGGUGUCAUCGGCGGCUACUCCACCGUCACAGAUGGCGGUAACUCGCCUGCGGCAACUGCGAGUGCUAUCUCGGUUUCAGUCUCUGCUGCAAAUGGUGCUUCUGCCUCGGCCGAUAAUGACUCUAUUCCCGAAGCUGCCACUGCCACUGGUCUCCCAACUACCUCUCGAACCAUUGCCACUUCUUCACGCAGCACCGCAACAUCAACUCCCAACACUGCCGUAGCUGGUCCAGCGGUUACCUCUACCUCCGACUCGAACUCAAGCUCCAGCUCCGCUAACGAAGGCAUGUCUACUGGUGCCAAAGCUGGCUUGGCUAUUGGUAUCAUUGCUGGUAUUGGUUUGAUUGCAGCUCUUCUGCUUUUCUGCAUCGGCAAGAAGAAGAAGGAACGGAAAGCCAGAGAAGCUGCUGCAGCCGAUGAUGAGAAGAAAACUUUCGGUGCCAGUCGCAACGCUAUCGGCAUGCAAAGCCAACCCAUCAACACCGCUGGCCCAGCUCCUCGACUCAGCAUCCGCCCCAUGUCUAAGAACCUACUCGGCGACUACGGCUUUGGUGGUACCCAGAGAAGGAGUGCUGGAAACAUGCUCAACGCUGUCGGCGAGGACCGCUCGCGAACGGCCUCGCCCUCUCCCCAGCCUCGCACCCAGACUCCUGAGAACCCUUUUGCCGACCCGCAGAACCCCUUCGCAGAUCCUGAGAAGGGCGCGGACGCCGCCAUGUCUGCUCCGAGAACCGCUCCACCGAUGGCCGGCCCUGCUCCGAUGGCGCCUCGCACUGUGCCCAACCCGGACAGAAUUGCUUUUACUGGCUCUUGGCCCACUGCUCCUGCCGGCUACGAAGGUCAGCGAGAGGCGCCCAUCGAGAUGCCCAAGCCCACUCCAGCCCCUAUGUCCGAACCUGAUGACCUGCCUAUCAUGGGAGCUCCAACUCCCAUAAUACCCAUGCCUUCGCCAACCGUCGCUUCUUCUCCGGCUGCCGUUCCUGGCGCUGCCGCGGCAGGUCCCGCUGCUGCGAUCGCCGUUGCUGCCGCCGCUGGCGCCGCUUCUUCCAGGAAGCAAGAACGUCGUCCUGAACCCUCUCGCCCACAGCCUCAGCCUCGCGCCCAGGAAGAGCCACGAGAGCAGGUCUCCGAACCAGCAAGAGAUGAACCUCGCGAGCCCCUGCCCGAAACACCCAGAGAAGCUGUUCCUUCCCCUGGUCCUGCGCCAUCGUCAGCAUUCGCCGGUGCAGCCGCUGCUGCACGCGAUGUGCCGAGCUCCCCAGCACCAAGCGCUACCAGCAGCCAAGGCCCGACUCAGAACGGUGGCAACGUUUACCGCGUCAUCAUGGACUUUGUGCCAUCAAUGGACGAUGAAUUGGAGAUGAAGAGCGGUCAGCUUGUCCGCAUGUUGCACGAAUACGAUGAUGGAUGGGCGCUUUGUAUCAGACUGGAUCGCUCACAGCAAGGUGUCGCUCCCCGUACUUGCCUCGCUGCGAAACCCUCGAAACCCAAGCCAUCGCAUCUUGGUCAGUAUGCUCGCAGCCCGGGCCCUCAAGGUCGUCCCAUGUCACCAGCUGGCGAUCCUCGCGGCCGUCCAAUGACUCCAACCGGCGGUAGCAACAGCCCAGCAAUGAAUCGCCCCAUGUCUCCUGGUAUGGGCCGACCGAUGUCUCCCGGCAUGGGUCGCCCAAUGUCACCUGCUGGUGGCCCCAUGCGACCGAUGUCUCCCGGUGGCCGCCAAAUGCGUCCUAUGUCUCCGGCGGGUGCUAGAGGCCCUGGACCACGUGGACCGCCCGGUCCUCCUGGCUCCAAUAGGCCUAUGAGCCCCGGUGGCUUCAAUCAGGCUCCUCGCCCUCUAUCUCCAGGUCCUAUGCGCGGUGGGCCUCCUCGACGCAGCCAGUCUCCCGGCCCAUAUGGCGCUGCCGGCCCUCUGCCCAUGCCCAGUGCUCCCAUGCGGAGGAGAAGCAACUCGGCCAACGCCAUGAACUUCCAAGACCGCCGUAUGUCCCCUCCAGGCCCUUCCAAGCUCGGCCCGGGCCAGGGCUUCCGCCCCAUGAGCCCAGCUGGUAUGGGUAUGGCCAUCUAA